AGCAGGACGGGACUGUGGAUCAAGGUGAGAGGGUCUCUGGAGUUCUUAUCUGAUGAUCUGGGGAAAAUGAAGGUGGAGGGGCCACGUUUGGAACGUUCCAGCCGGUUGGCUCAGGUUACAGACGCCUGUGAAAACCUCCACAGGUUACAAAUCACGUCAAAUAAAUAAAAUGUCUUCAUGGCCAUGUCAAAAACAAGAUGUCAUGAAGUAGAGGAAUUGAAAUCUUUAUUUAUAGCUUUGAUUGUUUUGUCGCGAAACGAUCCAUCUCUUUUGUGUCACGCCCCCUGAACUUUCUUUAAAAUAUCUGUCUGUCCAACCAGAAGCUGCCUCUGUGUUUUAUGUUUGGAGGUAAAUGUUCUCGGUUCCCUUCCUAUAACCCCCCAGCACACACACACACACACACACACACACACACUUGAAUCUUUGUCAUUUACCUCCAUUGCUCGGCCGAGCAAAGCGCGCCUUUCGAAAUGAUUGCAAAGCUUGACAGUGUGCUUCUGCCCCGAAAAAAGUUCAUCUACCACUACACGAACAUGCGCUGGGCGAGGGGCCGACACGAGACUUACCUCUGCUUUGUUGUGAAAAGGCGAGUGGGGCCGGAUUCCUUGUCCUUCGACUUUGGACACCUGCGCAAUCGCAGUGGCUGCCAUGUCGAGUUGUUGUUCCUGCGCCACCUCGGAGCCUUGUGCCCUGGUUUCUUGGGUUGUGGAGACACCGGAGGGAGGAGGCUGAGUUACUCCAUCACCUGGUUCUGCUCGUGGUCUCCCUGCGUAAACUGCUCCAUCAGUCUGUCCCAGUUCCUCAGCCGGACGCCCAACCUCCGCCUCAGGAUCUUCGUCUCUCGCCUUUACUUUUGUGACAUGGAGAACAGUCGGGAAAGAGACGGCCUGAGAAUGCUGAAAAAAGCUGGCGUGCAGGUCACAGUCAUGAGUUACAAAGAUUUCUUCUAUUGCUGGCAGACUUUUGUAGAUCGCAAACAAAGCCAGUUCAAGGCCUGGAAAGAGCUUCACCAAAACUCUGUUCGCCUUUCCAGAAAGCUCAAGCGCAUCCUCCAGCCUUGUGAAACAGAAGAUUUAAGGGAUGCCUUCAAGCUGCUUGGACUGUGAAAAGUACCUCUGACCUCCUCUGGUGUUAGCAUUACGUCUUUUGUUAAGUAGAAAGUAGAACAAAAAAACAUGCUGGCAUUGGUCCAUCACCACAAGGGCUAAAACUGAGAAUGAUACGAACUGAGACAAAGUAGAUUAGGUUGUGGCAAGGCUUGUGUGUCAGCUGCUGCUUGCUUAUUCUGUUGCAUUACAGAUGUAUGAAAUAAAACAAUAAGAUAA